UUGGGAGCCUCCCCCAGGGCACCUGCCGAUGCUGUUAGAGCAGUCGGGAGCUCAGCCAGUCACAGAGGGCACCAGCCAAGGCAGGCAGGACUUCACGAAGGACCCCUGAGGCUCCUGAGCAGGGACCUGAGGUGCAGGUUAUGCUGGGGGCCCAGAGAGCAGAGGACAAGUGGACACUGAGGACAGCAUCAUGGGGGACAUGCCGGACCACGAGGAAGUACUGGAGAUCCCAGAUCAAGACAGCGAAGAAGAACUGGAGCAUGUAAUAGAACAGAUAGCAUAUAGAGACCUAGACAUCUCUGUGACCGAGAUGCAGGAGCCGGAAGCUCUUCCCACAGAGCAAACAGCCACAGACUACAUCCCCAGCAGUACCUCCACAUCGCGCCAAAGCUCCAAUCAGGUCUAUGUGGAGCUGCAGGAACUGAUGAUGGACCAGAGGAGCCAGGAACUACAAUGGGUGGAGGCAGCGCACUGGAUAGGGCUGGAGGAAAACCUUCGAGAGGAUGGUGUGUGGGGUCGCCCACAUCUAUCUUACCUGACCUUCUGGAGCCUUCUAGAACUGCAGAAGGUCUUCUCGAAAGGCACCUUCCUUCUGGAUCUGGCGGAGACAUCCCUGGCUGGGGUGGCCAAUAAGCUUCUAGACAGCUUCAUCUAUGAGGAUCAGAUUCGGCCUCAGGACCGAGAUGAGCUGCUCCGGGCCCUGCUGCUCAAACGCAGCCACGCUGAGGACCUGAAGGACCUGGAGGGAGUGAAGCCUGCCGUCCUGACCCGCUCUGGGGGCCCUUCUGAGCCUCUGCUUCCCCAGCAGCCAUCGCUGGAGACCCAGCUGUACUGCGGACAGGCAGAGGGGGGCUCAGAAGGACCCUCACCAUCUGGGACUCUGAAGAUCCCCCCAAAUUCAGAAACCACACUGGUGCUAGUGGGCCGGGCAAAUUUUCUAGAGAAGGCUGUGCUAGGCUUUGUGAGACUGAAGGAGGCUGUGCCCCUGGAGGACCUGGUGUUGCCGGAGCCUGUGAGCUUCCUUCUUGUCCUGUUGGGGCCCGAGGCUCCGCACGUCGACUACACCCAGCUGGGCAGAGCUGCAGCGACACUCAUGACAGAAAGAGUGUUUCGCAUUACCGCCUCCCUGGCGCAUAGCCGAGGGGAGCUGCUGAGCUCCCUGGAGAGCUUUCUGGACUGUAGCCUGGUGCUGCCGCCCACCGACGCCCCUUCAGAAAAAGCUCUGCUCAACCUGGUGCCGGUGCAGAAGGAGCUGCUUAGGAGGCGGUACCUGCCCAGCCCUGCCAAGCCGGACCCGAACUUGUACAAGACUCUAGACUUGAACGGGGGAAAGGGGGGGCCUGGUGACGACGACGACCCUCUACGGCGCACAGGCCGGAUCUUUGGAGGCCUGAUCCGAGAUAUCCGGCGCCGUUAUCCUUACUACCUGAGUGACAUCACCGAUGCGCUCAGUCCCCAGGUGUUGGCUGCUGUCAUUUUCAUCUACUUUGCUGCCUUGUCACCUGCUGUCACCUUCGGCGGCCUCCUGGGAGAAAAGACCCGGAACCUGAUGGGCGUGUCGGAGCUCCUCAUCUCCACAGCAGUGCAAGGCAUUCUCUUUGCUCUCCUGGGGGCACAGCCCCUCCUUGUGCUGGGCUUUUCAGGACCCCUGCUGGUGUUUGAAGAAGCCUUCUUCUCGUUCUGCGAAAGCAACGGCCUGGAGUAUAUCGUGGGCCGCGCGUGGAUCGGCUUCUGGCUCAUCCUGCUCGUGGUGCUGGUGGUGGCCUUUGAAGGCAGCUUCCUGGUCCAGUACAUCUCGCGCUACACCCAGGAGAUCUUCUCCUUCCUCAUCUCCCUCAUCUUCAUCUAUGAGACUUUCUCCAAGCUGAUCAAGAUUUUCCAGGACUACCCACUACAACAGAGCUAUGCCCCUGUUGUGAUGAAGCCCAAACCGCAGGGUCCCGUGCCCAACACAGCUCUCUUCUCCCUCGUGCUCAUGGCUGGAACUUUCCUACUUGCCAUGAUGCUAAGGAAAUUCAAGAACAGCACCUACUUCCCUGGCAAGUUCCGCAGAGUCAUUGGGGACUUCGGGGUCCCCAUCUCCAUCCUGAUAAUGGUCCUAGUGGAUUCCUUCAUCAAGGGCACCUACACACAGAAACUCUCCGUGCCUGAUGGCCUCAAAGUGUCCAACUCCUCCGCCCGGGGCUGGGUCAUCCACCCGCUGGGUCUGUAUAACCAUUUCCCCACAUGGAUGAUGUUUGCUUCUGUUCUGCCGGCCCUGCUUGUCUUCAUUCUCAUAUUCCUUGAGUCUCAGAUCACCACGCUGAUUGUCAGUAAACCAGAGCGGAAGAUGAUCAAGGGCUCCGGUUUCCACCUGGACUUGCUGCUGGUCGUUGGCAUGGGUGGGGUGGCCGCGCUCUUUGGGAUGCCUUGGCUCAGCGCCACCACUGUGCGGUCUGUUACCCACGCCAAUGCCCUCACAGUCAUGGGGAAGGCCAGUGGUCCAGGGGCUGCAGCUCAGAUCCAAGAGGUCAAGGAACAGCGGAUCAGUGGGCUCCUGGUCUCCGUGCUCGUGGGUCUGUCCAUCCUCAUGGAACCUAUCCUAUCGCGCAUCCCCCUGGCUGUGCUGUUUGGCAUCUUCCUGUACAUGGGAGUCACCUCCCUUAGCGGCAUUCAGCUCUUCGACCGCAUCUUGCUCCUCUUCAAGCCGCCCAAGUACCACCCGGAUGUGCCCUUCGUCAAGAGGGUGAAGACCUGGCGCAUGCAUCUCUUCACGGGCAUCCAGAUCAUCUGCCUGGCUGUGCUGUGGGUGGUGAAGUCCACUCCCGCCUCGCUGGCCCUGCCCUUUGUCCUCAUCCUCACUGUGCCUCUGCGUCGCCUCCUCCUGCCGCUCAUCUUCAGAGAGCUGGAACUCCAGUGUCUGGAUGGUGACGAUGCCAAAGUGACCUUUGAUGAAGAGGAAGGACUGGAUGAGUACGACGAGGUGCCCAUGCCUGUGUGAGGGGCAGGCCCUGGCCCGCAACCACUCUACUUUCCCACCCUCCCAGGAAGACCAUUCGUGGGCAUGUCAUGGCAGUGGGUGGGGAAGGGGUGUUGUCUAGGAAACCUUCUACCUAAGGUAUACUGGAUUUUCUGGCUGGAGACGACCAGAAGCUAUAUUAGGGAAUUGGGGUCACAGUCUCUUGUGACUAUAAGGGUCCCAUGCUGGAAAAAUUAGGUCUGCCUCUCCUCCCUUCAUGGCAGAGUUAUAAAUAGCAAAGGGGAGGACUCUUUUCAAGUUCCUGCUGGCUGUGUGGCCUUAUGUAAGUCCCUUGACCUCUCUGGCCUCUGCUUCCUACGCUAUAAAAUGUAUGCAUAGAUAAUAAUACCCACUGUACCACAUGGCUGCCAAGGGCCAAGAGCGGGGACCCGAACCUCCUGACCUGGAGGCCACAACUCUGUCCUCCAUCUUCCUGCCCAUGCUCCUGCUCUGUGCUCCUUAUGAGAAGACCCAUAAGGAAUUCCUUCUAUCCCAGCCCCAACCCAAAAUUCCCUUCUCUGCAUCUAGAAAGGCAUCCUGGUGAGAAUGAGGUAUAGGUGAGGGACUGGGGCUCAGACUUCUAAGUACUUGCUCUCUCCCACCAGGUAUUCAUUCAUUCACUCACUCAUUCAUUCAUUAUUUGUACACUCUGUAGCUACCUACUAAAGGCCCUAGACCUAGUGGACACACAGGGAACUGGUUCUAGCUCCUCCUGCAGGGUAAUGCCAAUACAUAAGUUUGCUCUGGACUUGGGUGGGGAUAGAGGGAGGGUGGGAGGGUUGUAAUUUAUUAACUGUGUAUUUUCUAAGUGCUUCUUCUGCGCCUCGUUUUUGCCCACGUGCUCAGCCCCCACGAGGGACCUGCUGUGUCUAACCCCAGCUAAACUGAAUCUUGGGGGUAACCCAAGUUUUGACCCAUUGGAGUAGGAGACAGUGGCUUGCUCAAAAUAUGGAGAAACAUCUAAUUUUUUUUUACAAAAAGAUAAUAUUUAAAAAAAAAAAAACAGAAUGCCAGGUGGUAGUGGUACACACCUUUAAUCCCAGCACUUGGGAGGCAGAGGCAGGCGGAUUUCUGAGUUCGAGGCCAGCCUGAUCUACAGAGUGAGUUCCAGGACAGCCAGGGCUACACAGAGAAACCCUGUCCCAAAAAAACAAAAAAAACAACCAAAAAAAAAAAAAAACCCAAAAACAAAAACAAAACAAAACAAAAAAACCCAACAGAAUUGAAAGAAUGGGAACUUGUGAGAGAAACAGAAAAUCUUAGUGAACAGGCAGCAGGAGGGUCUCAGGGGAUUUGAAAGCGCAGUCACAGGAUACUUGUUUCUGCAUCGUAGAAAUGAGGACAAGGAUGAACCUACCUGGUAGGGAGUUGGGAGGAUUGACCGACAAGGUCUAAGAGAAGCAUUUGCUGGGCACAGAGCCCUCCGUGUGGGAACUGCUGAUGUGACCAUGUUGUUGGGCACGCCCCCAUCCUCUCCUGCCCGGCCUGCUCCUCAAACAUUACCAAAGAGUGAGUGGGGGUCGCUCAGCCAGCGCCCUUCCCCACCGCUGUGCUUGGGAAUAGGUUUUGCCAAUAAACGUGUCUGUGUUAAA